AAGCGUGUGGAAUAAAGGUCGAUGGAUAUAAAAAGGAUCAAUGGGAAAGGAAUUGGACAUGAAUGGCGUGGGGAAGGAACGAAGAGGCUCAUUCCUACAAUGAACAUGCUAGCUGUCAUGGGGAGCGUGGCUUAGGUAUAUCUACAUCUUUCAUACAUACAACACGAGUAGAACCCUAAAAGGAGAGGGAAAUUAGAAAUUACUUGAAGAACAAGACAACCGAAUUGCCAACUUUCCUUGUAACUACAGAACCAACGGCUACAAUGUUUUGCUCGUCUCUACGGCAGCGAAAGGAUUGGGCACCAGUGGUUCCAGCUCUUUCACGAACCACUGGCUCAGGCUGGAAAGAGACGACUCUGGAUGGCUACGACGUUUCCUUCGCACUGGCACCGCAAAGCAGGCACCGUCAGAGCUUCUUCAGGAUCUUGCUGCUCUCAUCUGAAGAAGCCAAAACGGCAGCUGCCAGAGCAAGAAUCGAACGACUUUCUAUGCUCGACGGCGGAAAGAAUAUAGCUGUGAUGCUGCUCCUAGACCAGAGUGGACGUGUGGACUCACUGGUUGACUUGCAGAUGAGCAUCGUGACGCACGGCAUGGCCUCCGUCCCCAUAAUCCCCAUGUCGUCUGCAGCGGAACUAGUCGGACGCUUGGAUGCCCUGCGCCGUCAAUGUGCCCAAGCCCAUACCGCCAGCGUUUCUCGUCGCCGCCAUGCCGAAGAAGUGGCAGAGAUACGCGGGCUCGCAUCGCAUUGCGUGCACGGCCAGGUUCUCCCUCCGGAACAUGUGGACAUCCUGACUGACGUUUCGGCGGGAUUGGGGAGCUUGGCACAGCUCGUGUUCAGUGUAGAGGGACAGAGGAAGAUUUGCGACUUGCUCGGUGAUGCGCAGGGCGGCAGGGUGAUUUCAUUUUUCACGCAUGGGCACGAGGCCAAUCGCCGUUUGAGCAUCUGGGGACAGGCUCAGUCAUCCAAGGGCGAGAGAGAUGGACAUGGCCAGUAGAGAUUCGAGUUUGCGGUGAAUGGCUUUCUAUGUACUUUCCGUCUUUUUUUAGAAGAUCAAUAAGCAUGAUGAAAGAUGCCUACUACAGGACUUGUACGAGUACGAGUGGAUGCUUGAGCGGGGAUGAAAAUACGUAGAACCAGCUGUCCGUCAUUUGUAUUUGGCUGGCAAUGUCAUCCGAUCCGUCUGCUCAUUCAUACCGUCAGUUCCGGGCUACAUAUCUCGUCACCGAGCUGUGAUUGCUUGUCAGAUUUCCAUUGCCGAUAUCACGGCCAUGAUCCAUGCG